AUGCCGCACGGUGCUGGGUAUCAUGGGGCGCCGAGUGCAAGCCUUCUGUGUUCUCCUCCCCACGUCCCCACCCGCUACCCUUUGUGUAUUAUCUGCCAUACACCACACGCCAAACUCCCCCUACCAGGAGACUACCGCCUCAGCUCGAGCCGCACAGUGCUGGACAUCAUGGAGCGGCGCAUCCCCUUUGUGCCAUAUGGCGGCCUCUCAUUCGUCGACGUGCGGGACGUGGUAUGUGCCGCCCAUCAUUCCAUCACGUGUGGGAGAGUGAGUGAGCAUGAGUACACCUCCAUCAUCUGUCCCCUCCCCUCCCCUCUCUUCAAUAUUCCAUCAGCAUCGGGCCGUCCCGAUGACCCCAAGAUCAACGCGAAUGCGGCUCUGCAGACCCCCCGCAGACUGGCGGAACGUUACGACAUGGCGACUGCUGCAAAUUCGGUGAACCUGGACAAGGCGCGCGGCUUGGAGGAGGAGGAGGAGGAAUUGCCCUCCCACUUGGGGGGAGGGGCAGACUCGUCUGCAAAUUUGGUGAAAGUGGACAAGGCGCGCGGCGGCGUGGAGGAGAAGGAGGAAGAGGGCGCGCACUGGGCCAUGGGGGCUACCACGAAUGUCCCCGCGGGUAACCACGCGGCUGACCAGGUGGCUGAUCGCGUGGCUGAACCCGUGGCAGACUCAAAGUCAGGAGGAGAAUAUUUCAGCGGCUGGACGAAGGGACUCAGUAACAGCUUCACGAACGCAGGGAACUCGUUCACGAAGGGUUUCCAAAACAGCGCCGAGGCUGUCAGAGACGCGGCCGGCUAUGUUGUCAACAACCCGGGUAAGACUCUGACGAAGAGCGCGUCGGACUUGACGCGCAGCGCGGGGAGGAUCGCGCACAAAGCGGUGAUCGAGCACGGGCAUGAAGUGUUAGCGAAUACGGCUGCGGGGCUCGUUGUUGGCGGAGUGGCGGGGGGACUGAUGGCGGGAAGCGGAACGAUUGCGCGCCACGCACACGCCGCGACGAUGGAGGAGAUUGGAAGCUUUGGCGCGAAGGCCGCGGGAGUAGCGCACCUGCCAGUGUUGGGGCAGCCAUAG